AUGUCUGCGUCAAAAAUUGGUACAUGUGAUAUGCUCAGCAAGUCUAAUGGGCUUAUGGUGUGCUCGUGUGCGUGCAUGCCGAGCGCUUAUCGCAAAACAAACGCUCAAACAUUAAAUGAACACGACGUGCUACGUGUAGCCAAAUUUGCCUGUCUUGAUUGUCAACAGCAUGGUCAUCAAGGUGCAAAGUAUGAACUCCAUCAUGGUCCAUUUGAUCCAGACUCAAUGUCCUUCUCGCCUUUACCUGUGCAUUUAAACAGCUACGCAGUUUCUUCGACUCUUUUUCGACUUCCACAUCAGAAAAACUCGUCAAGUUUUCGGCAACUUAUGAGUGCAGCAGUGUAUGCUCGAUCUGGAGUGCGUCUUGUCUUGUCUCAAGACAUGCAGCCACUGUUCUUGCAACAGAAUGGAUUCAAGGAGCCUGUGCUCAUUGCAGACAACAAUUACCAAGUUGCUGGACUCCAUGAGCCGUUUCCAGUGCUUGACGCAGUUUUUGUUGCCGAGAUAUUGACAGCUAACCGACUCGUGCGAUCCACUGACGUGGCAACACAAACAAAAAUGCAGCUGACAGCUUCAAUGUGGCAGGCAAAAGCAUUUGACAAUCAACCGGAUGAAAAAAAGGAUACCACAUUGCUCGCCAAUGCUGAAUUUCAGUUCCAACAAACAUCGACACAGUUGCAAGUUGCGCCGCCGGUUGCUGUAGCUCAUUUGAAUUGGCAUUGCUUGAUUUUCGGCAAUGCUGACGACGAAACCUCGACGUCCAAUGCCGAUCUGGAUUUUACACUUGCUCCUGGUGGUCAGUGCACGUGGUUAUCGGUAUCUGGAGGCGCGUUGUGGGUGUUUUUGAUCCCACCGACGCUGGUCAAUUGGAACAUCUACCGAGCUUGGAAAAACGACUCAAAGUGUGCGACGAUGUUUGUGGCUGAAUGCGUGGAUAAAUGUAUCAAGUGCGUAGUGAGUGCUGGGAGCACACUACUCGUGCCAGCUGGCAGAAUGUUUGCUCGUUUCGCUGGUGGUGUGCAGAGCUGUUCACUAUUUCACGGUUACUUUGCGUGCACUUCAGCGAUGGAAACACAACUGGGCAUUGUGUUGCUUGAGAUGCAGCACAAUGUGUUGGCACAGUAUUGGAAUGAAACGACAUCGGGGUGGUUGCGAGUGGAUCCAAAUGUGCAGCUCUGGACUGCAGUGAGUUAUUACAUGCGUCAGCUACUCAUGGUGGAGAAUGGUAUAAACGUCCAAAUCAGUGACCAGGAUUGCCGAGCGUUGCGACGAGCAUUGCCCCACUUACACGAAUGGAGUGCACUACCCGCAUCACUCAAGUCAGUGAAUGAUAAUGCUUGGACCCCGAGCUCCCAACAGGAGGCACAAGCUAUCGUGAGUCGUAUGGCACAAGCUCUUGUUGCUGUUAAUCUACCAGCCCAUAAAACUGAUGAGUUGGAACCAACUGCAGCUUUGAAAGGCGAUACCAAGCUGCCACGAAUUUCACCAAAUGAGGCGACCUACAUCUACUCGGCCGCAUCAGUACCGAAUUCCAUUAGUGAAUCGGUUUUGGAGAGCACGACUUUGAACAGUAGCAACACGAGCAUUUACAGCUUGUCAGCGCUGACACGGUCCAUGUGGGCUGACUAUGGCCCUAUGAGAUCACUUGAUGACCUCAAGUCAAAGCCAGCAGUAUGUAGUCAACAGCGAUCCGAGCUUUCAGCAACAAUCACCCAGCCAGAACGGGUAUGA